AACCCUUCUCUACCCUACUGCAGCCCCACAGCACGGUAAUAGCAACAGCAGCAGCAACCCGCAACCCACCCCCAGCCCAAUUCGCCCGCCAUGAACUUUAAAUCGUCGGUCCUGACCUCGUUGGUCUUGAUGCUUGCGUCCUUGCAGGGCGCAGACGCCAAGGUGCACAGCGCCAAGAUCCACAAGCACCCGCUCGAGGAGAGCUUGAAGGACGUGUCGUUCGUGGACUACGUCGACUCCAUCAAGGGCAAGUACAUGAAGAACUUUGUGAGCAGCGUGAACGCACCCUACGUCCCCUUUGUCGAAACCAUCAUGGACGAGGAACUCGAGCACAUCGAGAAGACGCACGACCUUCCCUUGACCAACUACUUGAACGCACAGUACUUCACGGAGAUCCAGAUCGGGACCCCGGGCCAGACGUUCAAGGUGAUCUUGGACACCGGCUCGUCGAACUUGUGGGUGCCUAGCGCAGAGUGCUCGUCGUUGGCGUGCUACCUCCACGAGAAGUACGACCACGACUCGUCCUCCACGUACAAGAAGAACGGCACCGAGUUUGCCAUCAGAUACGGCUCAGGCUCCCUCGAGGGCUUUGUCUCCCAGGACUUGCUCACCUUCGGCGAUUUGGUCAUCCCCAAGCAGGACUUCGCCGAGGCCACCAGCGAGCCGGGCUUGGCGUUCGCCUUCGGCAAGUUCGACGGUAUCUUGGGCUUGGCCUACGACACCAUCUCCGUCGACAAGAUUGUUCCCCCAAUCUACAACGCCAUAAGCCAGGGCUUGUUGGACGCUCCACAGUUCUCCUUCUACCUCGGCGACACCGCCAAGUCCGAGGAGGAUGGCGGUGUUUGCUCCAUCGGAGGUUACGACAAGACCAAGUUCCACGGCGAAAUCACCUGGUUGCCUGUCAGAAGAAAGGCCUACUGGGAAGUCAAGUUCGACGGUAUCGGUUUGGGUGACGAAUACGCCGUCUUGGAAGGCCACGGCGCAGCCAUCGACACGGGUACUUCCUUGAUUGCCCUUCCUUCCCAAUUGGCCGAAAUCUUGAACGCCCAAAUCGGCGCAGAAAAGUCUUGGAACGGCCAGUACACCAUCGACUGUGCUGCUAGAGAAAAUUUGCCAGAUUUGACCUUCACCUUUGACGGAUACAACUUCACCAUAACUCCUUACGACUACACUUUGGAAGUCUCCGGUAGCUGUAUCUCUGCCUUCACCCCAAUGGACUUCCCAGACCCAAUCGGGCCUUUGGCCAUUAUCGGUGACGCUUUCCUCAGAAAGUACUACUCCAUCUACGACCUAGGAAAGGACGCAGUUGGAUUGGCAAAGACAAUCUAAUCGUUUAUCAUGGCAACUCCAUGAAGGACUUUCGUUUUAUCAAAGAAAGAUUCAGAGAUUUUCGCACACAAUAAAGUAAAAAAAAAAAUAUAGGGCUAAUCUCUUACUCAAAACAACUCACAUAGAUCUAUCUAUAUUUUUAAAGGUGCCUAGCGCAUACGGUCAAGCAAUUUUGUUCAAUUAACACAAAAAGGGAAAAAUUAAUAUGAAUAGAUGAAGAAAUCAAAAAAAAAAUUAAGAGUAGAGAGGGUCAUCUUAUCUUAUCUUACCUUCAUCUUACUCAUGGGUUAUUGUUAUUACUAAUUAUGUGUAUAUAUUUAUCUAAG